UUUGUCUGGUGCCGUCAGCUGGUAUAUUGCUGGAUAUCGUUACCUGUCCCGGUCAUUACCUGGCUACAGGUCUUAGUGAAAGUGUCGGCCAUGACGAGGUAGAUUAGUUCGUCCUAUUGACAGCGGCCCAGAUCGAUACGGUGCCAGCAUCAGAGCUGUAGUCGAUACGUCCCAGCCGCGCCAUCUUGGUCUUCGCUUGGAUCUGUGGAGUAAGAGUGCCAACCUCCAACAAUUUAUCAUGUAACUCUCAGCCCGGAUUUACAACCGUGGCAGAAAAGGUGAUUCUUGUUCAAGAGUAAUAGUGAACCGGACUUAAGGCCAAAUAAGACGUUGUCAUGGCGAAGAAAAAAGAGGGAUGCUGCAAGAAGUUCAUGAAAUUUCUGUUCUCGCAUGUGGGGCUGUGUGUUCUGGUGGCGCUGUAUUGUGUGGCGGGGGGAUUCAUCUUCAGACAUCUAGAACAGAACAACGAACAACAGAUCUGUUACGACUCCAGGAAUGAGUACGUCCCGAUGGAGAACAAGACUCUCUCUCAGAUGAUCAGCGUUAUGACUGAAAACGAAGGCAACGCCAAUAAAGACGUGAUGACAAUCCAGCUCAAGUCCAUCCUGGAGACGUUCAGGGACAACAGUAUCGCCAUCGGAUACGGCGGAGACUCCUGUGGGGACUACGGCAAGGAGGGGGGGCCACCUUACAAGUGGUCAUUCCCGGGGGCCCUCUACUUCUCUGUCACCGUCAUAUCCACUAUAGGGUACGGACACAUCGCGCCCAAAACUUUCUGGGGGCGCCUGGUGUGUAUAGCCUAUGCCAUGCUGGGGAUUCCCCUCAUGCUGCUCUGUCUAGCCAAUAUCGGGGAGGUCCUGGCCGACAUAUUUCGAUUCAUAUACGCCAAGAUCUGCUGCUGCGGCUGCUGUCGAAAGAAAGACAAAACCAAGGUAGUCCAGAUUAAACCGGUGGCACAGGAACCCAACUGGAACAGCGACAAGUCCAAAAUCAUCACAGCGGCCCCACCCAUGGGCACCAGCGAGUUCACCAAGAUCCCACCCAAAACCCCUGAUAGUGUCAAGGGAAGCGACGACGGCAAGCCAGUCAAAAUCAUCCCCCUUGACAUCCGGUCCUUCAAGACACAACAGGAACUGGCCAACCGGUCCCAGCAGGUGCGCGGGGAGCCGAUGAUCAUGGACGACGACAGCGACGACGAAGACGACGAUUUGGACGAGAAGAAGAUCACUGUCCCUCUGACGGUGACGAUGAUUGUCAUCGCUGGCUACAUCCUGGGCGGGGCCAUGUUAUUCGGAUUGUGGGAGACAUGGGACGAGCUCCAGUCCGCCUAUUUCUGUUUCAUCACGCUCAGUACCAUCGGGUUCGGUGACGUAGUUCCGGGCACGGAUUUCGAUAACCCCCAGCAGACGGCGCAGCUCAUCCUCGGCGCGGUCUACGUGCUUUUUGGGAUGGCCAUUCUGUCAAUGUGUUUCUCCCUGAUGCAGGAUGAAAUUAUCGCCAAGUGCAAGUGGGUUGGACAAAAAUUAGGACUUGUUGAUAAAGAUGAGGAUUAAGGAGUGUUGUUGUUGUCCACAUAUGGACGAAACUUUGCUGCUGAUGAAAUUUUCUAAUUUUGGAGUUUCGAAAUAUACACUUUAAAUUUCUGUAAAGUAAUGUCUUUUUCGCAAAUAUUCCUAUAUAUGUAUUAACGGAUGAUUGAGCUUGAUGUGUCCAGGGGACAUUGUACAAAGGCAUUGAGGUGCCCGCCUAUCAACCAAACUUGUAAAAGUCCUGUCUUGGUCCUAGUUCCCCGCCGCUGACACGGUUUAACUUUAUCCUGAUGGCAUGGUCAAUGGCAGGAAAUUCGUAUUUUUUCUAUCAAAGAAUGACCCUGUUUUUACGAUUCCUUGCAAUGUGACAGGAUGUAAGUCAGUACUUAGUAAUCUAUGUAGACUUGUCCGCCUCUAGAUUUUUGUGUAUUUUUAUCACUAUUAUAUAUGGAGCCCGUUGGGUGCUUGCAGGGGUCGGGACACGGAUACAUUUGGGUGUGGGCUCUGCUGUUGAUUAACUGACCAACCCCUGGAGGCACCCAGCCAAGAAAUACUUAACACUGAAAGUAUUGACAUCCGUCCGAGUUUUCUCAUGCUAUGUAGAACUCAAAGUUUACAUACAUUUUUAUUUGUAUGAUAUGUAUAUUUAACCAUAUACUCUUUUUUUUUUUUGCAAACGUGUGUACUAACCGCCAUGGUGUAGACUCGGAGGGAACCUACAUGCGUCCUACCUACUCUUCAUAUUUUGGGAAUCUCUAUUUUCUUACAAUGUUGUCUGUGAUAUUCAUGUUACGAUUAAUAAAUUUUAAGUUUCCAUCUCU